AAGAAACCAUAUAAAUGCUUGAAGUGUGGGAAGACCUUUAGUCAGAGAACAGGCCUUACUCAGCACCAGAAGGUGCACACAGGAGAGAAACCAUAUAAAUGCCUGGAGUGUGGAAAGAGCUUCAGUCGGCGGGACAAUUUUGCUUCACACCAGAGGAUUCACACUGGAGAGAAACCAUAUAAAUGCUUGGAGUGUGGAAAGUAUCUUAGCUGUAGCAAAAGACUUACUAUUCACCGAAGGAUUCACACAGGGGAGAAACCAUAUAAAUGCUUGGACUGUGGGAAGAGUUUCGGUUGCUACAGAUACCUAACUGUUCACCAAAGGAUUCAUACAGGGGAUAAACCAUAUAAAUGCUUGGAGUGUGGGAAGAACUUUAGUCAGAGCACAGGCCUUACUUAUCACCAGAGAGUGCACACAGGGGAGAAACCAUAUAAAUGUCUGGAGUGCGGAAGGAGGUUCAGUCGGAUGGACAAGUUGAAUUGUCAUCGAAGGACACAUACAGGGGAGAAACUGCACAAAUGCUUAGAGUGCAAAAAGAGUUUCACCAGCAAAUUCAUCCUCACUGCUCACCAAAGAAAUCAUACAGGGGAGAAACCAUAUAGGUGCAUGGAGUGCGGGAAGGGCUUCACUCUGAAUAGAAACCUCAAUUAUCACAAAAGGGUGCACACAAGGGAGAAACCAUAUCAAUGUUUGGAAUGUGGAAAGAACUUCAGCCAUAGCAAAAGCCUUACUGUUCACCGCAGACUCCACACAAAAGAGAAAUCAUGUAAAUGA